GGAGAGGCUUUCCCCAUCAGGUGAAUCACAGUUCGCCCCUGAAUUCAUUUCACUUAUCAGAGGGGAGGAAGGAGGGAGGAAGGAGUGAGGGGGGCAUUCAGAUGUGAGACUAAUCCAAAACAGGAGCAGGAUCUAGAUCUGCUGGUUGAUGCGUCUUCGUUUUUUAAUAUAAUUCCAUUUCAUCCAUUUUACAUCACGGAUAGAAGAGGAAACAAGGGAGAUCAAAAGGAGCAGGAACACCAGGGUGACACUGCUGUGUGGGGAGGGGGAGGAGAGGAAGGGAAGGGGUUGGAAGGGGCCCCGUGGUUGGGAGACAAAAAUGCUGCCUUCACAGGAAGCCUCCAAAAUCUACCAUGACAACUACAUGCGCAACUCCAGGAGCAUCGGUGUCCUGUGGGCCAUAUUCACCAUUUGCUUGGCCAUCAUCAACGUGGUGGUCUUCAUCCAGCCCUACUGGAUUGGUGACAGUGUCAACACCCCCCAGGCUGGCUACUUUGGCUUGUUCCACUACUGCGUGGGCAAUGGGAAAGCCAACAGGGAGAUCUUGUGCCAGGGCAGCUUCUCUGACUUCAGCUCCAUCCCGUCGGGAGCCUUCAAGGUGGCCUCCGUCUUUGUGCUGAUGUCCAUGGUGCUCAUCCUCAGCUGCAUCGGCUGCUUCACCCUCUUCUUCUUCUGCAACACCGCCCUGGUCUACAAGACGUGUGCCUGGACGCAGCUGCUAUGUGCUGUUUGUCUGGUGCUCGGCUGUGUGAUCUUCCCGAACGGCUGGGACGCAGAAGUGAUCCGGGACAUGUGUGGAGAGGACACGGGAAGGUAUACUCUGGGCAAUUGUUCGGUGCGCUGGGCCUACAUCCUCGCCAUCAUCGGCAUCCUGGACGCCCUCGUCCUCUCCUUCCUGGCCUUUGUGCUGGGGAACCGUCAGAGUGAUUUCCUGCAGGAGGAGCUGAAGGCUGACAGCAGAGACUUUGCUGUAUCAAGGAUUAUAAUCCGGGACCCCCGGGAUGCAAGAUUUGGAAUCCAGCGCUUCCACUGAGUCACAUUUCCUCUCCUGCUCUUUCAGCUCCCUCUCUCCUAACCCUCCCUCCCUCUGUCCUGCUCCUCCUCCUUUCUCCUCAGGAUAAAAACUUCUGGGCUUUGAGACCAGUGGUUUGUAAAAUUGGUCUGAAAAGAAAUAUUCAAACAUCGAGGAAACAUGACGAGUCUGUGAUACUGGAGUCAGGAGGUGAUCAUUUGUAAAAUGAGCUGUUACUGACAAUGAAGAUUAGCGUGUUGCUAAUAAUGAUAAUAAUGCAUGCAGGAGGAGUAUUUGAUUUAUUGUAUUUUAAUGAGAGGAAAUGAGCUUUUUCCAGUUUUUCAAAGUCACAUAAAUAUGUUGUGUAACCACAGGUGCUACUUCUGACCGAAAAAACAAACCACUGAAAAGAUGAUUUUGUACAGUUACUUUGUGCUUUUCCGCUUCUCUUUGUAUUUGACGAUGUCUGA